CUCACAGCCUGGCUGGGACUGAGCCGCUGGAGAAGCAGCGGAGGGGUCGCGUUCUUUUUCUUCUCCUCCUCCUCCUUCCUCCUCCGCUAUGGAGGCGAGUUCCGCUCUUCCUCAUGCAUGGGACUAACCAGCGGGACUUUACCGGUGAAGUUUCCAGUUCCGAUGUUCCGCGCAGCCCGGCCAGCGCUACCACAGCCCUCCUAAGGAGGAAUGCCAGCUCCUGAGCAGAGCCCAGUGACGGAGGAGGGGCUUCUGCUGACCAUCCACGACAGUUCAACUGGCCGCAACAUGGAGGCUGACAACACCGCCAACAACAUCCUGGCCUCUGUCAAAGAACAGGAGCUCCAGUUUGAGCGGCUAACCAGGGAGCUGGAAGUGGAGAGGCAGAUUGUGGCCAAUCAGCUGGAAAGAUGCAGACUUGGGGCCGAGUCGCCAGGCGAUGGUAGCAGCAGCUCGUCUGAGAAGUCCCUGCCUUGGAGAACUGCAGAUGCCUCUGCCUCCGGGGACGCAAAGUCUCGGGUGACUGACAGUUCCCAGUCGCCCAGCUACCGCAUCAGGACUGAGUCAGAGCAGGUGUCUCUGUACUCCCCGGAGCAGUCCUCUCUCCAUGAAAGUGAGGGGUCCGCAGUGAAUUCACGUAGCUCGACUCAGAUUAACUCCUACUCGGACAGUGGCUACCAGGAUGCCAGCAGCGGCUAUUUCAGCAGCCAGAACCUGGGCAAGGCAGAGCUGAGGAUGCAGCACUCCUUCCCUGGCGCUGGCACCAGCACCCUGAUGAGGAAUGCCAGGGCUGAGGGCCAGGCUUCAUCCCAGGUUCCAGCGGUCGCAACAGCAGUGCCUGGCCGUGCUAUGCGGAGGGUAAGCUCAGUGCCUUCUCGCUCUCACUCGCCAGCCUACGCCAGCAGUAUGUCUCCCUCCCGGGGCUCCCUGCGUACCUCACCUGGCAGUGCCUAUGGCUCACCCAUUGUAACUGAACCCAAACCCCUCUCCAGCAUCUUCUCCACAACAUUGCCCUCCGCCCAGCGGGUCAGUACCACUACAGCCUGCGGUGGAAGCAGCUCACCCUACUCAACCCAGAAAAACUCCCCCGCUGCACUGCGACGCGUGGGCUCCACGAACUCACGGUCGGGCAGCGCUAGCCACAACACCUCGCCCUAUCAGGCGUCCGCAGGUUCCUCGUCAGGCCGCAUGGGCUCGCCUCUCACGAUGAUGGACAACAUUAACCCCCCGCUAACUAAGCAGCCCAGCCACUCGUCAUCUCCAAUCAGGGCUACUAUGACCGCUGUGCCCCAGCACUACAGCUCCACCCUUCCCCGCUCCAUGCUCCACAGCACUGACCCCUAUGGACCCCAGAGUUACGACAUUUACGAGAGGAUGACGCGACCUGACAGCCUCACAGGAAUACGGAGCUCAUACGCCAGUCAACACAGCCAGCUGGGUCAGGACUUAAGGUCAGCCAUGUCCCCAGAACGUCACAUUGCACCAAUCUAUGAGGAUCGGACUUUCCAGGGCCCGUUGUACCGUAGCCCCAGCCACACCCAGCAGGGCACCCUCUACAGGAGCACCUCAGGGGUGGGGAGUCUCCAGCGGACAUCCAGCCAGCGCAGUGCCAUGACCUACCAAAGAAACAACUAUGCUCUUAACACAGCAGCCACCUAUGCUGAUCCGUAUCGCUCGGCACAGUACCGGCCCUCCGAUCCAAACUACGCUCGCCAGGCUGUUGUGAUGGACGAUGGUGCCACACGCUCACCCUCCAUAGACAGCAUUCAGAAGGACCCCAGAGAGUUUGCGUGGCGCGACCCUGAGCUGACGGAGGUGAUUCACAUGCUUCAGCAUCACUUCCCAUCUGUGCAGGCCAACGCAGCUGCCUAUCUGCAGCACCUGUGCUUUGGCGAUAAUCGAAUCAAGGCUGAGGUAUGUCGGAUUGGAGGAAUCAAACACUUGGUGGACCUGCUAGAGCACAAGGUCCUUGAGGUUCAGAAAAACUCGUGCGGAGCCCUGAGGAACCUGGUCUACGGCAAAGCGAUGGACGACAAUAAGAUCGCUGUGAGGAACGCUGGAGGCAUCCCAGCUCUGCUCCGCCUGCUCAGAAAGACGGUAGAUGCAGAAGUGCGGGAGCUCGUCACAGGGGUGCUGUGGAACCUGUCGUCGUGUGACGCGGUGAAGAUGACAAUCAUCCGGGACGCCUUAACCACCCUGACCAACACUGUGAUCAUCCCUCACUCCGGGUGGAGCAGCUCCACCUUCGACGACGACCACAAGCUGAAGUUCCACUCGUCACUGGUGCUGAGGAACACCACAGGCUGUCUGAGGAACCUGAGUUCAGCCGGCGAGGAGGCCAGAAAACAGAUGCGUAUUUGUGAGGGUCUGGUUGACUCACUGCUCUACGUCAUCAAAGCCUGUGUAAACACCUCUUGGGACGGUGUGGGACCCAUCCCUGGCUUCUCCAAGUCUCCCAAGGGAGCAGAGAUGUUGUGGCACCCUGCGGUGGUUAAACCAUACUUAACACUACUGGCUGAAAGCUCGAAUCCUGCCACUCUGGAGGGUGCUGCUGGGUCUCUUCAGAACUUGUCAGCCGGCAACUGGAAGUUUGCAGCAUACAUUCGUGCAGCUGUGCGUAAGGAGAAAGGACUGCCCAUCCUAGUGGAACUGCUGCGGAUGGAUAACGACAGGGUGGUGUGUUCGGUUGCCACCGCACUGAGAAACAUGGCACUGGAUGUCAGGAACAAGGAACUCAUAGGGAAGUAUGCGAUGAGGGACCUGGUCAACCGUCUCCCCGGGGGAAACACCACCCUGCUGUCAGAUGAGACCGUGGCGGCCAUCUGUUGCACCCUGCACGAGGUGACCAGCAAAAACAUGGAGAACGCCAAGGCCCUGGCCGACACGGGCGGCAUCGAGAAGCUGGUCAACAUCACCAAGGGCAGAGGAGACAGGUACUCUAUGAAGGUGGUGAAGGCAGCUGCUCAGGUGCUGAACACACUGUGGCAGUAUCGGGAUCUACGUAUCAUCUAUAAAAAAGAUGGAUGGAACCAAAACCAUUUCCUCACCCCUGUGUCAACACUUGAAAGGGACAGGUUCAAGUCCCAGCCCACCCUCCCCACCAGCACCAUUCAGAUGUCCCCAGUCAACCACCCUGCUGCCAGUGCCACGUCGUCUCCUGCCAUGCUGGGCAUCAAAGAGCAUAGAGACACUAUCAAAGAUUACCAGAGAGCACAGUCAACUAUGCAAUUUUAUAAUUUCCAAGGGGACAACAGUAUUCAUAAAAAUCAGUAUACAGGGUCUGUUAAGCCUUCUUCAUAUUACUACACAUCGCCCACGAGAGAGGAGCCCAGGAGAACACAGCCUAUGUAUUUUCCAGAAGAGCCAGGCAGGAGGAAUUACGACACGUACAGAAUGUACCUGCAGCAUCCCCACGGCUACGACGAGCCGUACCUGGAGGAGGUCAUCACCUACCCGCCCGCCGUCGACUACAGCACGCAGCCUCACGGACUGAAAUCCACCACCAAUUACGUGGACUUUUACGCUAGCACACGGCGGCCUUCGUACAGGGCAGAGCAGUACCCCGGCUCGCCCGACUCCUGGGUAUAGGCCUGCGGACGCUCCUGUGGUUACGAUCAAGCACCUCGUCUUUCCCCGAAGUUUUCGGGGGCGUGAGCAAGAAAGGCAAAGAGCCAGUGGUGCACAAAACAACCGAUGAACUUUUUUUCCAUGAACUUGGCUUUAUAAGUGUGUUUGUUUUAAAGUGAAUGUGUGUGUAUUGGGUGAGCGAGUUCAACCGAGCGAUGGCAGAUGGAAUGAUGGAAUGAUGGAACGUGUGCCAAAGAAGGAUAUCAAGGAAUGUUUUGUUUUUUUAAGUAGAGAAAGAUGGAAUCAUGCUGGGGGUCUGUUGAGGGACGAACCUGGACACUACCGUGACGAGACGUGCGUCCUGCUCUGUCUAGAUGUUAGUUUUAUUUCCUUUAUGAAACUCUUAGCUGUGAUAGCAUGGUGAAAGGUGUGAGUCAUGUGAGCAAGGGUCUGCGGACAGGGUCGAGAUGGGGAAUAUGUAUGUGCUGAAGCCAAAAUGGAUCAUGAACUCAUAUCUGUAAAAAAACAAAACAAAAGAUGAACUUAAAAAACAUUGUACCCUAAUGAUGUUAGAUUGUACAGAGGGAUCAAGUUGUAUCUGUACCUAAUGUUGAAGUUGUGUAAUGCCAUGGAGUCUUGUACAUUUCUUUCAUCGUAUUGUAAAUACAGAAAAAAAAACACACACACAAAACAUGUCACCUGUUCUAAACUCAUCAGCACUGGUUAAAAAGGAGAAACUUGUGCCAUGUUAAAUCUAUAGAGAUAUAAAUAUAUGAAGAAGUAUGUGGACAAAGACGGCAUCAUAGCACAAACGUGUUAAAAUAAUAAAAGGUCAGUUUUGUUUUUUAAA